AUGUGGAUACUGGUACUUGGUGGCAUUUUCGCAGCAGCUGCCCAGGCCUGUGUGUUCUGCCGCCUCCCAGCCCAUGACCUGUUGGGCCGUGUCGACCAUAUCUGCGGGCAGAUGGAGUCCUGGUGGGAGACGUGUGAGGCCUUUAAAGGCUUCUCAGCCUUUGCUUUAGAUGAAGUGUCCAUGAACAAAAUUACGGAGAAGACGCACAGAGUCCUCAGGGUCAUGGAGAUCAAAGAGUCUUUCUCUUCAUUCCCUUUAUAUUGGAAAUGGCUCCACAAUACCAAGAUCCCAGAGUACACCAGGGAAGCUCUCUGUGCUCCAGCCUGCAGGGGCACCACCACCCUGUACAACUGCUCCACCUGUGAGGGCAUGGAGGUGCACUGCUGGCCUCGGAAUCGCUGCUGGCCAGGAAGCCACGAUCUUUGGGAAGCCCGGAUUUUGCUCUUCUCUGUCUCGGUUGCCCUCCUGCUCCUGAGCGUGCUGAGCUUCAUGGUGGAGUGA